AUGUCGCUUAGAGAGCUCAAGAAACUCUCCACUUCUUAUUGGGCCAGAAGAGUUCACGGGGGAAUGACUCAGACGGCAGUCGUCGUAGUCAAUGACGUCGACAUCUUUCCUCCCCGUUUCAUCGUCAACGAGAGAGCCAAUAUUAAUUCCCGAGGUUAUCGCAUCAGCCCAUUUACUAGAAUUUGUCGAAAUUCUCCCGCAGAGGUCUCGACCCGCCUCGACUCUAACAAAGCGCCUAAAGACACCCGUGGCUUCACAUGGCGUCUCCUGCCUCUCGCAUCCGACGUGAAAGACAUGGAGUUACGGCCGGACAAGGAGGUCUUUCCACAAAUCAUCAUCCUCAGAUUAAGCUUCCCCAGGGACAUGAUAGUCGCACUCUAUCUUCAAGAGCCGUAUAGAGUGGGUCCGGUGGAUGCAUACCAUGGCAUCGGUACGCCAAAUCCUUUGGGAAACCCCCUCUGCACGCCACCAGAGCCCGCCCAGAGCCCGGUCAAAGCCGACAGCCAAACAGACGGCGAGGAUGCGACUCAAACCCCGCUAGGUUUGCCACGUUCGACCCCGCAAGAGGACUCGGACUGUGAUUGA